GCCGUGAGCUCAAAGCCUAAAACCCUCUUCGUGUAGCUAUCUGGGUUGUCUGAAAAAGCAAUCCUUUAUUCUAAUUCUGUUGACUUUUAGAUCAAACUAAUGGCUGGAAGGGCUGCGACAUCGUCGGCUAAAUGGGCGAGAGAGUUUUUGCUCAGAAGGAAUCCUCUUGGAGCGAUUCGAAACUCUUCUUCGGCUGCUCCUGGCGCGGCUUCCUCUACACCUAAAGUCCCUCACUUUUCCAAAAAAGGAAGGAUAUUGACAGGAGCUACCAUUGGUCUGGCCAUAGCUGGAGGAGCUUAUGUCAGUACUGCAGAUGAAGCAACCUUCUGUGGGUGGCUGUUCUCAGCAACAAAGGUUGUUAACCCUCUCUUUGCUCUUCUGGAUGCUGAGUUUGCGCACAAGCUGGCUGUCACGGCCGCUGCUCGCGGGUGGGUGCCUAGAGAGAAGAGGCCUGAUCCACAGAUCUUGGGACUUGAAGUUUGGGGAAGGAAGUUUUCAAACCCAAUAGGUCUUGCCGCUGGAUUCGACAAAAACGCUGAGGCUACAGAGGGAUUGCUAGGACUUGGGUUUGGCUUUGUUGAGGUUGGCUCUGUAACUCCAGUUCCACAAGAAGGCAACCCUAAACCACGCAUCUUCAGAUUACGUGAAGAUGGAGCUAUUAUCAAUAGGUGUGGGUUUAACAGUGAAGGGAUUGUUGUGGUUGCAAAGCGGUUGGGUGCUCAACAUGGUAAAAGAAUGUUGGCGGAAACAUCAGGCACUUCGUCAUCUCCAAGCGAUGAAGGAAAACCAGGGGGCAAGUCUGGACCUGGUAUACUUGGAGUCAAUCUUGGAAAGAACAAGACAAGUGAAGAUGCAGCUGCUGACUAUGUCCAGGGAGUUCAUAACUUAUCCCAGUAUGCUGAUUACUUGGUUAUCAAUGUUUCAUCACCAAACACAGCAGGGCUGAGAAUGCUUCAGGGAAGGAAACAGUUGAAGGACCUUGUAAAGAAGGUACAAGCUGCCAGGGAUGAGAUGCAGUGGGGUGAUGAUGGUCCUCCUCCUCUUCUUGUGAAGAUUGCUCCUGAUCUAUCCAGAGGAGAGCUUGAAGAUAUUGCAGCGGUUGCUCUUGCUCUCCACUUAGAUGGGCUGAUCAUAUCAAAUACAACAGUCUCGAGGCCAGAUCCUGUAAGCAACAACCCCGUGGCAACAGAAACAGGGGGUUUGAGCGGGAAACCGCUCUUUCCUCUCUCCACCAACAUGUUAAGAGAGAUGUACACUCUAACACGAGGAAAGAUUCCACUUAUAGGCUGCGGUGGUGUUAGCAGUGGUGAGGAUGCUUACAAGAAGAUAAGAGCCGGAGCUACUCUUGUUCAGCUGUACACUGGGUUUGCGUAUGGUGGACCUGCUCUCAUCCCACAAAUAAAGGAAGAACUAGUGAGUUGCUUAGAAAGGGAUGGCUUCAAGUCGAUUCAAGAAGCAAUUGGUGCAGAUCACAGAUGAUCGAUCAAACACGAACAAGAACAAACUACAGAGAGGAUAGAGAGUCCUUUUCUUACAACAACAAAAACAAAAGAGUUGUAUUUAAAUUUCAUUGAUUCAGUUGUUUCUUUCUGCCUAAACAAUAACAUUGAUGGCUUCUGUUUCUCUGCUCUUGCUUUAUGGGAAAUAACUAAGCAACAAUUUGUUCUC